AUGUGGACGAUACAAGACGUGGAUGCACCCGAGAGUGUAGCGGCAUAUUACAAGAAGCUGCUGGAAAUGCGCAAGGCGGGAGUCGUCGCGAAGAGGCAGACCGGAGCGGUGUACGCGCUGCACGAGGCGCCCUCUCGACACACAAAACCGACCUCCUUCAACUUGAACUCAACCUCCAUUACACCUCACAUACUCUCAGAGCCCUCAAUAGUCCCGUCAAUAGCCGGAAGAAUGAGCAAACCCAACGGCCGAAGCCCCUCGCCCUCAAAGCACGGCGAACACCUACCUCCCAAGAAGCCACGCGAAGAACGCGGCAUCAUCGCGGACGUGCACCCACCCUUCUACAAUGUCUCCUUUGCCACCUUCAUGAACCUCCUCGGCGCCGGUCUCAUUGUCGUCUUGGCCGUCUACAGCUAUGCGGCGGCACAAGACGCGCUUGGACUCGCGCGCGGCAGCAAUUCCGGCGCCCUGCACCCAGCCUUGUGGAUACUAUCCUGGGGCGGCGGCUCCUCGGCAUCCACACCCUCGGCGAGCGCGAGUGCCAAGGUGGACAACACGGACAUGGCCGUCGGCGUAGAAUCGCACAUCGCCGGGCUCGCGUCUGUGCUCGGUAUGGGCCAGGACUCAGAUCUCGCAACUGCGCUUGCGGAGGUUGUUCGCGAGCACGUUCCGCCAGCCUCUCUCAGUGCGCUCGCCGCUCAGGCGGAGUCGACAGGCGGAAGCCGAGUUGUCGACGCGCUCUUGGGCAAAGAGCCCGAAGCGACUGGCGUGGCGAAGGUCGCCGAUACGCUUGGGACGGUCGUGGGGACCGAUGACGCACCCGAGGCGCUUGGUUGA